GGUGGUCGUUGUGGGUGUUCAGCACCAUGGAGAGCUCUCGGUUCUGCCUUCUGACGCUGCUGAGCGCCGCGUUGUUCUUUCAUUCCCACUGCCAGGAUCCCAAGCUGCGGGAGCGAUCUGUGGAUCACCUCUCAGUUAAAGAGGACUCCUCGCAAGAAAAAGAACUGAUUGAAGCUUUGCAAGAAGUUCUGGAGAAACUGAAGAGCAAACGGAUGCCAACUUACGAGAAAAAGUUUGGAAUGGUCCCGAUGUGUGAUGCUGGGGAACAAUGUGCUGUUAGGAAAGGAGCCAGAAUUGGGAAACUGUGUGACUGCCCCAGGGGAACCUUCUGCAACUCGUUUCUCCUGAAGUGUUUGUAAAGAAAAAUAACCAAAUCUGUGCAUUUGCGACACAUCGUUAUUUCAACAGUAUCUAAAUACUUGAAACUAAUCCGGCCAAUAAAAAGUAAUCUACCUACCAAAAAAAAGAAUGGCGAAGUGCAUGGAUAUGACCAUGUGUGGGAGAUGGAAAAAUGUGUCCACAGUUGCUAUGGCACCGUCGUGUACAGUUGUGUCUGUAACCUUAUGGUGAAAAGUUGUUUUUGCCUGUACUAGUUACUGAGUUAUGAAUAGUUCACAAUAUACUGUGUGUUCAUCUUUCGGUCACAGAAAGGUGUGACUAGUUUAUAAUACUGUAUUUUUGUAUUUAGAAUGCAUUGAACCUAUGAAUAAAAUCCAUUCUAGGCAUCCUUUGCUCUGUCACAGUUCACUUUGUCAAUCACAAUGCAAACGAACCAUACCGAAAUGUCACAGGCUUUCAUAAUAUUAUAAUUACUAAUAAAUAGAUUGCUAAGAUAAAUGCUAUAUUCACUUUCAUUUAAAUAAUCAUAA